UGCUCUUAAAAAGUAAAAAUUGUAUACAUAAUAUCACGCAACGUAACGUUAUUCACAACUUGAAAUCAAUAUUGAUAUAACCUCCACGCUCUUAAAAGCAAUGGUUAUCGUUCUACCGACUAGUCAAUUUUUAUAAAUUUUACGUAGCCACAAAAGUAUGGAAAAACAUAAAGAUCUUAUUGUGUGCGUUCCAGGGCAAAGGUUAUGUAUUUCCGACAAAAUGAAUAUAGCCGGUUCGGGAACUUACGAGCAACAGGGAUAUAUUUAUUCGAAACUAGCAGGUGUCGUGAAAAUAGUACAAGAAGAGAAUACACGUACCAUUGAGGUCCAUGGAAUAACGGAACAAAGUAUCGUUCCUGCACCUGGCGAUAUCGUAACGGCUAUGGUUACUAUCGUUAACCAGAGAUUUUGUAAAUGUAGUAUAAAAUGUAUAGGCGAGAUCGUAUUGACGAGACCUUACAGGGGAAUCUUAAGGAAGGAGGAUGUACGUGCGAUAGACACUGACAAUACUCAAAUGUACAAAUGCUUCAGACCGGGAGACAUCAUCCUGGCCAGAGUCAUGCCGAUGACAGAGGCGCAUACUUAUCAAUUAAGUACAUCGGAAAACGAAUUGGGUGUGGUAAUAGCGCACAGCGAAGAAGGCGUGGCUAUGAUACCCAUCAGUUGGACACAAAUGCAGUGUCCCAAGACCUUGCGCAAAGAAUUCCGAAAAGUAGCGAAAGUUAUACCAGAGCAGGCUAUCACAGAACAAUAAUACAACUUUGAUCGUUCCUUAUGUACGAUUGAGAAUAAAAUAAACCAUUUUGUACAAAUAA